AGUCAAUUCUUUAUCUAUUUGUAUUAUUUUAUUUAUUUAUGUUCUUAUUAACUACAAAGAAAAUUAAUGAAGUUCAUUUAAAAGCAUUGUAUAUGCGAGUUGUUUCAGAAUUUUACUUAAUGAAAGAAUUCCGAUAAGUGGAGUUGUAGUAUACUACGUAUUUUGCAUUUACUACGCGUAAUUGCGUUACAAUGCACUUUACCACAGUGAUGGUGACAGUAAACGACAGGUUGCUUUCUUGACGUCACAUGGUUAGUCGUAGUAGAGGGGAGAUUGCUUUCUUCACAGCACGCUCGUCCGUGCAUCACAGCUGUCAGUGGUAUGGUUCUUUAUAAAAUUGUUUUCGUGUAUUAUAAUCGAAAAGUAAUGUGACAUCUGUGAAAUCUCCUUUUAAGUACUCGUUAACAAUAUUUGAAUAAAAAUCUAGAACAAAAAUAUUAAUUAACCAACCGUUGACAUUUCAUAUAUUACUUUUUAACCUAAAAAGUAUGUUGGAAAACAGUGCACAGUCACUGUAAUAUAACCUGAUUCCAGAUGCUAACAAAGCUAGAGUAAAAUUUUGUAUGAUUGUUUUACAAUAUAUGUACAUCGUAUUGUCCUAAAAAUGGCUGAUACAAUAAAAUAUCUUAGAAUUUAUUUUGUCACAUGGAAUGUGGCAACUAAAUACCCAGAGGAGGAUUUGCAUGAACUUCUUGAUGUGAAUCAAAUUAACGAGUCGAAAACAUUACCAGAUUUAUACAUUGUUGGAUUACAAGAAGUUAAAGCUCAGCCACAAAAUAUGGUGAUGGACAUAUUCUUCGAUGAUCCAUGGACUAAAUCUUUUAGAGAUAUAUUAAAGAAAUAUGAUUACGUAAAAAUACGUACACAACGUUUACAAGGUCUUGUUUUAAAUAUCUUUUGCUUAAGAAAACAUAUUACACAUUUAAGAUUAAUAGAGGCUCAAUAUACAAGGACAGGAUGUGGAGGCAUGUGGGGAAAUAAAGGUGCAGUGAGUAUAAGAUUAAAUAUGUAUGGAAUUAACAUGUGUAUAGUAAAUACACACUUGACACCACAUGAUCAUUUAUUAACAGACAGAAUUAUGGAUUAUAAUACAAUACUCACAAGUCAUAGCUUUAGUAGUCCAGAUACUUCAAAAAUAUUAUUUCAUGAUUAUGUGUUUUGGAUUGGUGACUUAAAUUUUCGAUUACAUGGAGAGGAUUUAACUGCCACAGAAAUAGACAUACUAGUUAGGAAAAAUGAAUUAAAAUCCUUAUUAACCAGAGAUCAAUUAAAGAUGGUAAUGGAGAAGGGUGAAGCUUUUUCUGAAUUGAAUGAGAAUCCUAUUACAUUUCCUCCUACUUAUAAAUAUGAAUUUGCAUCUCAAGAAUUUGAUCUCAAGCGUCGACCAUCAUGGACUGAUAGAAUUUUGUACAGAGUAAAUGCAGAUAUUUAUGACGAUGUUAAAUUGAAUGCUAUUCAGCGUAAUUAUAAAAGUCAUUCCAAUUAUAUACAAUCAGACCAUAAGCCUGUCACAGGAGAAUUUGAUAUUGUCAUUAGACCAAAUGUAGAGGACCAUGGUGUAGAAUUCCAACCUGUGUCAUCAUGGUUUAUAGAUGAAGAAAAUUCAGUAUCAUAUAGAUUAUUAGGAGACGCGAGACCAGCUAGCGGCGAUUGGGUGGGUCUUUUUCACAAUGAAUUUUCCAGUCUAGACGAAUAUAUCGUUUAUGAAUAUGUAGGUCGAGGUAAAUCGUCUCCAGUUCCUCUCGAACCUCAUUCGAUCACCGAGCGAAUUUACUUUAGCGAUACUGCCCUUCGAGCACCAGGAAUGUAUCGUUUGGUGUAUGUUGCUCAACGAGGGAAUCUUGUUGGAAUUUUAGGCAUUAGUCCACCGUUUCCAGGACAUCACAGACCUGCUUGAUAAAUUGGUUCGUGUAAUAUAGUCAGAAUAGGCAGAGUGAUAGUCGCUUAAUGUUUAAUGAAUAAGAUGCUGCACCUUAUGUGUGUGCUUAGUUAACAAAUUUAUAUACACCAAUAUUGGAUAAUUUUAUUAAGUGGUUGAGAAUUAUUUUAUUUGACUGUAACUCUUUGGGGUCCAGUAUUUUUUUUAUUUUCUUGUUAGAAUGAAUAACUAUUUAUAAAGACUAAAAUACUAUUUUGCAUAUACACUUAUGCAACAUAUAUAUCAUGAAAAUGAUAAACAUAUUGAAUAUUUUUUAUGCUUUAAAUUAGUACUUUAUAGGAUAAUUCCACCAAAUAAGGAUGAGCUGUACUUAUUUUAUGAUUGAAGAUGAAAAUAAUUGUAGAGAAACAAAGUUGAAUGGUUGAAAGGGUAUUAUCUUUCUGCAAUGUGUUAUUUGAUUUUAUGAGCAUUGUAGAUGUAAUAUGCACUUAGAAAACUGAAUAUUUCAUAAGAUAUCUGAUAGUUUACAUUAUAUAUAGAUUUUAUUAUAGCGAACAUUCAAAGAGCGUGACAAAAGGUUAAUAUAUUUUGCCCAUAAAUUUUUGACAUAUAAUGUUGCUGCAAUUGAUAGAAAAUUAUGUCACAGAGAGCUAAUAUCAUUAUACAAUAUAAAUUUUUGUCUACAAAAAUUUUAUUUUAUUUAUAUUUUAAAGAUAAUACUAGUUUAGCUUUUGAACUCAAUAUGAGUUUGAGUAACGAACAAAUAAUUGUUAUACCCACAAGGACCACAAAGAGUUUAGACACAUUAGAAUUUUCACCUGUACGCAUUGUCGUAUUUAUGAACUUAGACAUGUAUAAGAGAUUUCUGGGAAUUCAGGACAAAAAGACAAAAUAAAAAGAGAUUAAUAAGUAUUGUAUUAUUCAGUAAAUAAUACGUAUUUUGUAAAUUAGUUCUUUCUAAACAAUUUGAGGAUAGAUAAUUUUAUAAAAAAACUAUAUUUUUAUAAUGAAUUCAUAAAAAUUAGUCUUUAUUUUAUGGAAUAAUGUUUUCGUACAUAAAUGUCCUAUAAAAUGUUGAUAUUUGCUGGAUAAUACAAUAGCGAUAAAUGAGAAUACAUAGGUGGAAAAUGAUACUCUCAAAACAAUACAUAAUGUAAUUUAUAUAACACUCAAUUUUCUGGUUAAUGUUGAAAAGUUACUUUUGGUACCUGGUUUUGCUGUUGGGUUAUUACCCAAAAGCAUUAGUGCUUAAUCGUCUUACGCUUCAGAGCAUAUAGCGAGUGUGUCAGGGUUAUUUUUGCACACUUUAUAUUCGAACAAGCACUUCUAGAUAAUUACAAAUUUUUAUUAGUUUAGUAGAAAAUCUUUUGAUUCGAUUGGCGAAAUGUGUGUAAUGAUGGUUUGGUUGUACAAACCUAUAUUAUUUUAUUUUUGUAUAGCACGACAGAAACACAAAAACAAAGUAAAUAAAUGUAUAAUGUAGUAUCGGGAAGGAUACAAAUAAAAAAUAUUUUUUACUCA